AUGAAGUUCCUCUUCUCUCUCGUCGCAUUUGCCGGCGUCGCUCUAGCUCAGCAAGCCGUGAUCGGACUUCCUAAGACUGGCCAGACAGUGGCCCGCGGUGACGAGCUGAUUGUUCAAGUCCAGCUUCCUACCACGGCUUCCGCUUAUUAUGAAGUUGGGGUUGCUAUCGGCAUUUCCGAUUGCGCCUACGGCUGCUAUGCUGCCUCCGAACAAAUGGGUUCAAUUGUUUAUAGUGGUUCAUUCGACCCCGUGUACCACGAGACCUACCUGCCGCCUUACCAGAACUUCACUGUCACUGUUCCCACUUGGCUCUCGGCAGGAACCGGCCAAUUUAAUGUGGCCCAUUUCAGCCUUGUCGGAGUGAGUAUCACAGCCUAA